AUGUCAAGCUUUAUACUCCCAGAGGCCAAUAUUUAACUAUAAGAAAAGAUGAAACUUGUCCUCUAACCAUUUGAUGCAGACAUAAUCAAAGUACUCGAGGAGGUAAGGCAAAUAAUGAGAACUCGACCAAAUGGGUGGAUUGCAAUGAUAUUAACUAAAGGUGUUGAGAAAACAAAUUCAGAUUUGUCUAACAGCUUGAACACCAUCAGUAUUAUUGCAGGUCUUCUCUUAACUGUUUCUUUUCCUUGCAUCAUUUCACCUCCAGACAAAAUUAUUGAGUUGGAUAAUGAAGAUUGGGUGAAACAAUGCUACUUCGCAGGCAUUCUUUCAUCUAUUAUCAGUUAUUUUCUGUGUAUAAUGCUGAAUACUAUCAUGGUAAUGAAUAUAUCUGUUGCAAGUAGAGACUCGGAUAUGAUUAGACUUUAUAUGCGGUUGCAUAGAAUUCCUUUGAUUGCCUAUAUCAUUUUCGGAUUGGGCUAUUUCUUUCUGGUACUAGCGUUAGGACUAUCAACCUACACUAUAUUUGGAUUGAAAUCUGCUAUUGCAUGGACAGUUUUGACGGGGGCAAUAGGAGGACUAGUUCCUUUUAUACUGAAUAAUGGGUGGGUAUUACAUAUAGCUCAUGUGAUAAAGUACUGGCAAAAGAAUAACCCUUAGGAUUUCCUAGCCAAAAUGGAAAUGAAAAUAAAUCAAAUCGAACGAGAAAGCUUAUUAUAGAUGAAGGAAUACUAGGAUUCUUUGUUAAAAUAUUAAGAUAGUCUGAAGAAAGAAAAUUGA